GUGCUCAUCUUGCUUUCAAUCGCUCCUUGCUUUAACACCAUACGGCCCUCCCCUCCCCUCCACCCCAUUCCUCCCUCUCUCUAGGGUUACAUCCCUCCCUCUCCCUCUCCCUCUCCCUCUCCCUCUCUCUCUCUCAAGAUGAUGCAACCAGCGACGGUAGCGCAACCCAUGGCCGUUCCUCAGCCGCCGAUGGAUCACCAGGCGCAGCAGUACCACCAGCAGCAGCAGCAGCAGCAGCAGCAGCAGCAGCAGUGGAUGAUGAUGAUGCCUCAGGCUCCGCCUCAGCCGCAGCCUCACGUCCCUCCGAUGUGGACCACUCAACAGCCGCUGUCGCAGGUGCCUCCGCCUCAAGUUCUUCCCCCGCAAUCUCAGCCUCCGCCACAGCCCCAGCCCCAGCCCCAGCCUCAGCCUCAGCCUCAGCCUCAAUUUCAUCAGCUCCAAUAUCCUACCCAGCCCCCCUCCAGCACGGACGAGGUCCGCACGCUGUGGAUCGGCGAUCUUCAUUACUGGAUGGACGAGAGCUAUCUUCUCGGCUGUUUUGCGCACACCGGCGAGGUUACUUCUGUGAAGCUAAUUCGAAAUAAGCAAACUGGUCAAUUGGAGGGUUAUGGAUUUAUUGAGUUUGUCAAUCGGGCUGCUGCAGAAAGAGUUCUACAAACAUAUAAUGGUACCCUGAUGCCGAAUGUGGAGCAGAAUUUCAGAUUGAACUGGGCAUCUUUUGGUAUGGGUGAUAAGCGUUCUGAUGACGUUCCUGAUUUCACUAUCUUUGUUGGAGACUUGGCUGCUGAUGUCACAGAUUAUAUGCUACAAGAGACAUUCAGAGCCCAUUAUCCAUCAAUCAAGGGUGCAAAAGUUGUAACUGAUAGGAUUACUGGACGAAGCAAGGGCUAUGGAUUUGUGAGGUUUGGAGACGAAAGUGAACAAUUACGUGCAAUGAAUGAAAUGAAUGGAAUGCUUUGUUCGACAAGGGCUAUGCGUAUUGGGCCAGCUACUAAUAAGAAGAUUGUGAGUGGUCAGCAAAAAGGGUGUCAGGAGGCUUUACCAUUUAGGGGCCUGGAACUGAUUUCAGCUGAAAUGGUUACCCCUUUAGUGCAUUGCCUCGCUUAGUUAUCCAGGUCCCAAAUUGGCUUAAUGUCAUCUGAAAGCCAACGGCCGUUAAGGAGAGUGGUCGGAAUGCAGCGUUGGCAUCCCAGUCAGCAGCCCACUAAGCCUAGCCAACAUCAAAUCAGUAGCACUGGCCAAUGAUUAGGUGAUGCAUUGUUCGGGUCCACUCGUUUCAAUCUUGAAGGAACUCAAGAGCUUAAGGGAUGGAAAACAAGAAAUGAGUUGGGGCCUGGGUGGGGAGGGUAGAGUUUGGUUCAAUGGCUUUAAUGGCCAGCAAUGCAAACAGCACACUUGAUAGAGUUGUGGCCGUGGAGCUUGGGAGGGAGCUUCUGGUUGUUGAUUGCAUUGAAUGACCCUAAAUAGUUUUGAGGAUAUAGCAAGCGUGUGCCCUAGAUGCUUGCUGAUGUCCAGCUCCAGCUACUUGUGGAUCAUGGAAGAUCAUUACCUACUAGUGCCGUGUUGUUUAUAACAGAAAAAAAAAGGCAAGAAACCAUUACGUAAAGGCCGCUAUGGUUGUUAUGUAACCGCUACAGGAUUGUCACACCAAAAAAUUAUUUAUUUUUUACUUUUUCUUCUCACUUUUUCCCUCUCUUUCAUAUAUCAUUCUCAAUAUACCAAGUGGCAAGAGGGGGAAAAGAUUAUAAAGAGGAUGACAAUGAUACAAAAUUUACUAUUUCUUUAAAUACUCACAAUAGAUGCAUUAAUUAACAAUUUGAAAAUACUAACUUGUUGGGAAAAUAUUUUAUUUUGAUUAUAUUAGUAAUGUGAUAUUUAUGUUCUCUAUUUCUCAACUUCAACCUUCUUUUUUUUCUAACUAUUUUAUAUUUGUAUUAUUCGUAUGUCUUAUGUGUCUAAUAGAUUAAUGAAGUAUAUAAUGUAUUUUGUUUUAUUAAUUAAUUUAGCACACAUAAGAAUUUAUCAUAGAUAAGAACAAUGAGAAGUAUAAAUAUGCGCGCACACAUAAUUUUUUUAUCAAUGGUGAUUUAAACCAAAUGUAAACUUGUUGCCCAUACCAAAUAACUUAGUUACUCGAAUUAAAGGAUCCAAAAAACACUAAAACUCUUUCUAAGAAGGGUUAAAAACUUAAAAAUGCAAGUAUGCUAAUAUGCACAAGGUUGUGCGUGCUUCAAAAAAAUUUACGGUUGUUACACCUGCUUCCCGUUAUGUAACAUCCGCUACUCCUGCUUCCCGUUACACCCGUUACCAUUACGUUACGCUACCUGCUACCGUGAUUUAAAACCAUGAUUAUAAGACUCCUUUGGAUAGCUUUCAUGAUCUUGAUGACUUUGGAGUACUUGGCCAUGUAAUCAUCGUUAGCCAGGUGUGCCGUUAGACGGAUGUGUAGAUUGGAGGAUGAUGGUUAGUUGGUGAUGGUUGCAGUUGUUGGUGAGCAAUAGUUGGUGGGUUUUGCUCCCACCGGCAACUCGGGGCCACCGCACUGGGACACGUUUGACAGAGCCAUUAGAGACGCAAAAGCAAAAUGGGUGAGACUUGGAGGUUUUAUAAAAGGGACACAAAACUACGGUGGUAAUGGUGGUGGUGGUGGUUGGAGGAGAAAGAGAAGUAGCCAUGAUAAUGGAGGAGAGACCAUGUUCAUGUUUGUAUAUAUAGUGAAUUGAGGGAGGACUUUUUCUGAUUUGGAAUGUCAUUUUGUGAUUGGAUUAAUGCUAGUUGACAAGUUGGAAAUAAGAGUUGGAUUAGAAAGUGAGUAAAAAUGUAAUUGAGUGGGAAGAUCGGAUGUCGUACUAUAGUUGUCAAAGGGUCCACCAAUCUGAGGUCGUGGAUCUGCUGCAUUAAUCCAAGCAACUCCUAAAUCUCUAGAAUGUGGAAAUGAUGGGUUCUAUGGGAUUUUUGAUACAAAAUGUUGAAGUGGAGAUGAUGGGAUCUAUGGGAUUUUUGAUAGAGACAGCAUUAGGAAGAUGGUAAAGGUUAGCCAAUGUUCACUAUUGUUCUAAUUUGAAUUUUUGACAGGGGUGCUCGCUAGAUGUUUGGGGCUGAUGAUUGGUAUGGCAGUUAACAUUCCAUCCAUUUUUCUUAAUGGAAGCUGGCUUUUGAAUGACACUGAACCAAUUUGGGGUUCUGAACAACAAUAAUUGUAGGAAUUAAAGUACGGUGACCAAAUUGGGUUUAAGUGACGAGUUCAAUGACCAUCCUUGUAAUUAACCAGAAUUUUUUUGGAACAUUUUUGUAGUAGUAGUAAUAUAAUAUAGUAGUAACUAUUAUUAUUAUUAUUAAAUAUUAUUAUUGUUAUUAUUAUUUUGGUUAUUGUUUUGCUUAUGUUUAUUUGAAGGUUUGAAUCAUUGUAAAAUUUGUUUGCUCAUUAACAAUUCCAUGGAUCAUUUCAUUUUUAUUGCAUGAUGUGUCUUUGCUAGAACUUUAGUAGUCAUAGUCAAACAAGUUGUUUCUUGAAAUGGUAGUCAUUUGGUUGUUUUAUACUCAGUAUAAGGGAUAAAUGUUGUCUAGCUUCCUUGGCCUUGAAAACCCAUCAAUGCUUUUUGCCAAGAUAUAGCUAGGAAUGUGGGCUCGUUGAAACCAAUGCAAUUGUGUUUGUCUUGUAGUUGGGCUUGAGCUUGGCAGUAUACAUAAGUUUAGUCCUGUCUGACCUGGUUUAAAUAUUAGAGUGGUUAAUUUUCCUACUGAAUGUGUGCUUGAAACACAUUAAACUUGGUUGUUCUGUUUUGAUUAAGUUGGGAACUAUGUGGAGUGUGAGAAUGGGGCUGGAUAUUGGUCUUUAUUUUUCCAUAGAAUAGAUUUGAUAAGUUCAGAAAGAUAAGGAAGACAGAAUGAAUCCUAAUAAAUAAAAAUAAAGUCAAAUUAUUACGAUGAGCAAGUCUGGAUGCAUUCACUUAUAGAAAGUGGUAGUAGCCUUCCAUUGCGUAUUGGUACUUAUCGGGUGUAAAAUAGAUCUGUUUCUCUUUGUUCCUACGAAUAGAAUUGUUUCAUUAUUACUAAUAGAAUAGGCUACCAACAAAAUAAAAAUAAAAAAUUAACUUUUGCUCCGAGAUAAUUCCCUGAAAGGGGGAAAUCUGUAGCAUAGUCCUUUCCAAUGUAAUAAAGUCGCAUAGUAUCUAUUUAUCUUUGAUAAAGGUGUAUUUCUAUGGGUUUACCUUAGUAUCGUGUUCAUACCGUCGUAUUGAAUGAUUCCGAUCUGCUGCUUUCUGUCCAUAUAAUGCAUACAACUCUGGUUGCUGAUUGGGCUGGUUCGAUGGCUCUAUAUGAAUUAGCCGUUUUUGAUUCCUCUGAUCCCGUUCUUGAUCCAAUGUGGCGACAAGGUAUGUUUGUUAUACCCUUCAUGACUUGUUUAGGAAUAAGCACUUCAUGGGGUGGUUGGAGUAUCACAGGGGGAACUUUAACAAAUCCGGGUAUUUGGAGUUAUGAAGGCAUGGUUGGGGCACAUACUGUAUUUUCCGGUUUGUACUUUUUAGCAGCUAUCUGGCAUUGUGUGCAUUGGGAUCUAGAAAUAUUUUGCGAUGAAUGUACAGGAACACCCUCUUUGGAUUUGCCCAAGAUCUUUGGAGCUCAUUUAUUUCUCUCAGGGGUGGCUUGCUUUGGUUUUGGUGUAUUUCAUGUAACAGGUUUGUAUGGUCCUGAAAUAUGGGUUUCUGAUCCUUAUGGACUAACCGGAAAAG